AUGUCUACUGGAUCUCCCAGUGAUACCGAGGAUAUUCAGGAAAUGGAAUUACAGGGGGUGCAUCUCAAAUGUAACGGUUUGAAACACGAGUCGAACGAGGCGGAAUUCUAUAUCUCCGCUGAAAACACGGACGAAUCGAGUUCUGACUGCAGCUCCAAGAGGAAAAGGCAAGGGGCUGUUAGGAGAAAACAAAUGCCCCGGCUGGGCAAAGAGGGCAAGCAGUCACAGAGAAACGCUGCCAAUGCCAGGGAGAGAGCCCGGAUGCGAGUCUUGAGCAAAGCCUUCUCCAGGUUAAAAACCAGCCUGCCCUGGGUGCCCUCAGACACAAAACUUUCCAAACUUGACACCCUCAGACUGGCAGCUAGCUACAUCGCACACUUAAGGCAAAUCUUAGCAAAUGAUAAAUACGAAAAUGGAUACGUCCAUCCGGUAAACCUGACCUGGCCAUUCGUGGUUUCAGGAAGAUCUGAAGUAGAUAGCAAAGACUUUGCCGCCACGUCCAGAUUAUGUGGGACUACUGCUUAG